UCAGGUUGGGGUCAGUACAAUACUCAUGAAGCUAUCCCUCGACUGGAACAUUACAUAAUUGAAGACGAAAAAGGAGUGAGCCGGCCGACAGUUGAAGAGUUGAGAAACCCACCAAGCGAUAAUCAAUUCGUGUUGCGGAGAUACAACGAAGAAGAUGGUGAAGAAGAUGCGAGUAUGUCUUACAAGUUUGGUUGGAUUAGAGGGGUGUUCAUCAGAUGUUUGCUAAACAUUUGGGGCGUUAUGUUAUUUUUGAGAAUGGGAUGGAUGACUGCACAGGCAGGAAUUGGGUUAUCUAUAGUGAUAGUUGUCGUGGCUACCAUUGUAACUGGUUUAACAACAAUGUCUAUGUCUGCUAUCUGCACCAAUGGCGAAGUGAAGGGAGGGGGUUCAUUCUUUUUGAUAUCGAGAACCCUGGGUCCAGCAUUCGGAGGAUCUAUUGGGAUUAUCUUCUCUUUUGCAAACUGCGUUGCUGUAGCCAUGCAUAUUGUAGGAGCAGCAGAAACUGUUCGAGACUUACUUAAGAUGAACAACGUAGGAAUAGUUGAGCAUCCUAGUGGAACCAAUGACGUUCGUAUCGUUGGAAUUAUUCUUCUUUUUCUUAUGACAUCUAUUACCUCAGUCGGAAUGGCUUUCGAAAACAAGGCCCAGAUUUUCUUGUUAAUCAUUCUACUGACUGCCCUAAUGGAUUACUAUGUAGGAGCGUGUCUAAACCCUACAAUGGAGCAAAUGGCUAAAGGAUUUGUUGGUUGGAAUUUGACUGUUGGAGCAGAAAAUUUUGGUCCAGACUUUAGAGGAGUGGACUUCUUUACUGUCUUUGCUGUGUUUUUUCCUUCUGUCACGGGUAUUUUAGCAGGAGCUAAUAUCUCAGGUGACUUGAGGGAUCCAUGCGAUGCCAUUCCUAAAGGAACCUUUCUAUCUAUCAUCACCACUUCAAUAAGCUACGUUCUUGUAAUCAUAUGGAUAGGAUUUACAGCAGUACGAGACGCAACAGGCAAUGUAGCGGACGUUUUGAAUGAAAACUUUACCAACUGCCCUGACAGGACUUGUCAAUACGGAAUGCACAAUUAUAUUCAGAUUAUGGGGAUGUCAUCAGGAUUUGAACCUUUGAUAUACGCUGGUAUUUUUGCUGCAACGUUAUCCUCAGCUUUAGCUGCACUCAUCAGCGCUCCGAGAAUUUUUCAAGCUGUGUGCAAGGAUAGACUGUUUCCAUAUAUUCAUUUCUUUGAAAAAGGCUACGGAGAAACUAAUGAUCCACGCCGAGCAGCAGUGUUGACAGUUAUUAUUUCUAUCAUGUUUACGGUUAUUGGUGAACUUAAUGUGAUAGCUCCAAUAAUAUCUAAUUUCUUCAUGGCAAAUUACUGUCUUCUGAACUACUCCUGUUUUCAUGUUUCAUACAUAAAAUCUCCAGGUUUUAGACCCGGAUUUAAAUUCUUCAACAAGUGGUUAAGCCUUCUUGGCGCACUUCUUUGCCUAGCUGUGAUGUUUAUUAUGAAUUGGAUUACUGCUCUUAUUACGUUCAUUGUCGUUUUAGGGUUAUAUUUGUACCUUCUGCGAAACAAACCAGACGUUAACUGGGGGACAUCUACAGAAGCGGCUUGUUACAAAUCUGCCCUUGAAGCUACUUUGAAGCUGAAUCGCACUGAAGAUCAUGUGAAGAAUUACAGACCAGCUAUUCUUGUUCUUACCGGUAACCCAAGUAGCCGACCUCCUCUGGUUGAUUUUGCAUAUAGCAUUACUAAAAAGACUGGCUUAAUGGUCUGUGGUCAUGUGAUUCAUGUACGCUUAACGAUGCUCGUACCCUACUUGCUAACAACACGAUCUCAGUGGCGUUCUUAUGAUCUUCGGGUGUUUUCAGUUGUCCACCAGGAGAAUGAACUAGAUCGAGCUCAGUUAAGUUUAACAGCUUUACUGAAAAAGUUUCGGAUUGAUACGUCUGCUGUUACUGUCUUAUACGGAGCAGGUGAACCUCCUAAAUUAGAAAGUCAGCUCCAGUUUCAGAAUCUGAUUUCCAAAUGGCUGGUAGAUGAUGACUCUACGAAAAAUCCUUUAGUGAUUACACAAACCCAUCUGGCCUUGAAUGCGAAAAAAACUAACAAACAUCUUAGCCUAAGAGAGAAAAUGUAUCAUUAUUCAAAAGACGCUACUUUGAUUGUGAUGACUUUACCGAUGCCUGUAAAGAAUGUUUGUCCUGCUCCACUAUACAUGGCCUGGUUAGAAAUCCUGACACAAGACAUGCCCCCAUUCUUGCUUAUUCGUGGCAACCAAACAAGUGUUUUGACGUUCUACUCUUCAUAACCCUUAAAACAAUGGUAAUCUAGAGAGGAAGUGACCAGAAAAGUAUAGUGUGUGGGAUAUCUACGAUAAAAUAGACCACAAAGGUUCUA